AUGACACAGGAGCACUACAGAACUGUGAUAUCGUGGAUUUCCGUGCCCCUAUACAGUGGUGGGCGCAGUGACGAUGGUAAUGUUACACCACGCUUACUCUAUAAAUACCUGCCAGUUCUAAGCGAAGGCAGGCUGGCGGUGAGCGAGGAGCUGGACGGGGCCGAGCUGGCGGCGCUCAAGUUCCUCAGCCGGGAGCACGUCCCCCGGAGKAGGCUGGAAGCCGCCCGGAGCCCGCACGACUUGUUCGAGGCGUUGGAGGAGAAGGGCGUGCUGGAGGCGGGGAACCUGGCCUUCCUCAGGGAGCUGCUCUACCGCAUCGGGCGCAUCGACCUCCUGGUUGCCCACCUGGGCUGCAGCCGGGAGCAGGUGGAGAGGGAGCUGCGGGCGCCGGGAGGGGCGAGGGUUCCGCCCCUCAGAUACUUGCUCUUUGAGCUGUCUGAAGACAUCACCGAAGAUGAGCUGAUGGCUUUCAAGUUACUUUUGGUCGAAGAAUUACCAAAAAGCAAGCUGACCCCUGAGACUACAAUGCUCGACAUUUUCACUGAGAUGGAGAAGAAAGGUCUUCUGGGAAAAGACAAUCUAAGUAUGCUGAAGCGUCUCUGCGAAGGAGUUAACAUCAGCCUGUGGAACAGAAUUGAAGAUGGAUUAAAACCAUUUGGUCAAGAAGAGAUGCUCAUCACAGAGGAAGAGAGGAGCAGCACAGGAGGCCCUGAGUGGCACCCGGUGUCAUCUGGAGCACCUGAUCCUCCUGGCAGUUUUCAUGACACUUCCCUGCAGCUGGAAGCUUACAGAAUGACCAGCCGACCCUGUGGAGUGUGCCUGAUCAUGAAUAAUCACAAUUUUGCAAAAGCYAGGGAAGGAGUGCUGGAACACAAACAUAUGAAGGAUCGGAAUGGGACAGAYGUGGAUGCAGCGGCUCUGAGGAAUGUCUUUAGCAAGCUUCAUUUUAGAGUAGARGAAUACAGAGACCUCACUGCAGAAGACAUCCGUAAGACUGUGAACAUCUUCCGGAGUGAAGACCAUGAGGAUAAAGACUGUUUUGUUUGCUGUAUUCUGUCUCAUGGGAAAAAAGGCAUUAUCUAUGGUGUUGAUGGAGAGGAAGUACCGAUCCGGGAACUGACUACUGCUUUCACCGUACGGAAUUGCAGCUCACUUGCUGGAAAACCAAAAGUCUUUUUUAUUCAGGCCUGCCAAGGUGAUGCUUUCCAUAAAGGUGUGACCAUUGAAACAGAUGCUGGAGAGCAAGAUUCUUCUGUAGAGCGAGCUGCAAGGUUUCAGCUGGACUGCCUCCCCCCAGAGGCAGAUUUCCUCCUGGGCAUGGCAACCCUGCAGGAUUACGUCUCCUACAGAAGUCCCAGGGAGGGGACCUGGUACAUACAGGCACUGUGCCAGCACUUGGAGUACAGCUGUCCUCGAGGGGAAGAUGUUCUCACCAUCCUGACAGCAGUAAAUCAAGAAGUGAGCAGAAAAACUAGUGAGCGGGAUGCGAAGAAGCAGAUGCCACAGCCCAGUUUCACACUGAGGAAAAGGCUCAUCUUUCCUCUCAACUAA